AUGACAACAAGCAUUCAAAAAAUGCAAUCGCAAGAUUUUCAUCAUUCAUCAACCAAUCCAUUCGUAGAAUCUCCUCAUUUAUUUCCUAAUAAUUUACAAUCUCAAUUGAAUAUGCUCUAUGCACUUACACAGCAACAAUUAUCUGCAUCAUCUUCUCCGGAUUCAAAAAUAAAACGUGUCAAAAAAUCAAUGCCAUUGCCGUAUGAACCUCCAACGCAAGUUCCAUUAAUAUCUGCAACAGAUUCUUCUUAUUCAAAUUCAAUAAACGAUCGAGAUAUGGUAAAAGUUGUAACAACAGCUGGAACACAAUGUAUCGACAAAGAGUUUUUAACACAACUAUUAACACGUAAAAAUGUUAUACCAGCACGAAAACGUCGUGAUUUUAUUCCGAAUGAUAUGAAAGAUGAUCAUUAUUGGGAACGACGACGAAAGAAUAAUUUAGCAGCAAAGCGUUCAAGAGAAAAACGCCGUUUAAAUGAUAUUGUUCUUGAAACGAAAGUUGUUGAAUUAACAAAUGAAAACGAAGCAUUAAAAGCUAAAGUUAAUUUAAUGCUCUCACGAUUAAAUAUGAAAGAUACUGAUAUGGAAAAUUUAUUUGAAGAAGAACAACGUCUUGGCAAUAUAUGUCUUAAACCAGCUACAUCUGCAUCAACAAUUCUUGGUCAAAAUCAUGAUGAUGACGACGACGACGAUGAUGAUGACGAUGAACAUUCAUCACAUAUGACUACAUCUAAAGAUUGUUCGUCAAGUGAAACACAUGAAGACGAUGAAUCUCAUUCUCAUAGUCAACGUCCAGCAUUGUAUAAUCAACGAAUUAGCAAUACAAACGAUAGUGCAAUUGAUUUAAGUCGAACAGAAAUAAAAACAGGCAAUUUACUAUCAGCAAUACCAAGUAAAAGUCCAUCACCAUUAACACCAUCACCGUCACCACCAAAUGAAUCUCUAUUACAAAUUCUUGCCAAUCAAAUGUUUAAAAGUAAACAACAGGAAUCUUCGGGAUCAUCACGUUUAUUAACAAUAGCAACACCAAAUGAAUCUAAACCAACAGCGCCAACGUUAAAAAGAAAUUACAAUCAAUCACAACAAGACGAUGAUCAGCAACAUAAAUGGAAUGAAGCAGCAAUGACAUUACUCUCAUUAAAUAAACCACCGGCACUUGUCGAACCACAAGUUGCAUUUCAAUCUGUCAUUAAUGAUCUGUUACGUAAACCAAAUCAACCUAAAGCUACAAUUGAUUAUCAUAGUAAUUACAGUUCACAACAAAUACAAGGUGAAAAUCUUCAUCAUCAAAAUUCAUUCAAUCAAUGGAAAACACUAAUGAACUAUUUUUCAAUGCCAUCAACACAACAACAACAACAACAGCAACAGCAACAACCACCACAACAACAACAAUCACAAUCAACAAAUUUCAGUACAAAUAUUCUUCAUACGCAACAACAUGAAUCUCGAGGCGAUAUGAUGCCUUUAAAAUUACGUAUGAAAAUGUUAAAUGCCAAAAGUUAA